UGGCCAGUGGCCACUACUCCUUCGUCCCAGCACAAACUAUAUUCCCCACCCACAAACCCUCGCCGCCUCCACCGACAAAAUGCCGCCGCCGCCGACCCUGCCCAACGAGAUUCUCGAGGAGAUCUUCAUGCGCCUCCCGCCGGAUGAGCCCGCGUUCCUCGUGCGCGCCACCCUCGCCAGCAAGCACUGGUUCGGCCUCCUCACCGGCCCUGCUUUCCGCAGUCGGUAUCGCGACUUCCACGGAGCUCCCUCCAUGCUCGGCUUCUUUCGCUCCUGGACCCCGUACUCCGCCUGGGGGGAGGAAGGACUCGAGCCACUCUUCGUCUCCACCUCGAAUUUCGUCGCGUGCAUUCCCGGCAAAGAGGAAGACCAGUACGACGAGUACGGAGAAUGGGGGUACUCUAUUCGCGAAAAAGAAGAAGACUGGGGGUACUCUGGACGCGAUGCGUGGGACUGCCGCCAUGGCCGCGUUGUCCUUGGAGAUAGGGAUGUGACAGACACGAAGCUUGCCGUUUUGGACCCUGUGACGGGCCGCUGGAGGGAGCUCUGCGUGCCCAAAGACUAUGACAGCCAUGGGGCCGCGGUGCUCUGCGCCGUGCCCGGCUGCCACCACCGCACAUGUCAUGAGGGGCCCUUCCGGGUGAUCGUCGUCGGCAUGAACAUUAAUAAGGGCGAUUCUGUCGCAUAUGUGUACGUGUCCUUGCCGAUGACGGAUCAGUGGAGCCAGCCUCCCUCUCAGUGGAGUCAGCCCUGCCCUGGUCUUCAUCUUGGGUUUGAUGCAAUCUUCCAGCCAAUGCCCCCUGUCCUCACAGAAGAAGCACUCUACUUCACGCUGAUGUAUGAUGAUGAUGAUGGUGAUGAUGAUAAGCGCGUAGGAAUUCUGAAAUAUGACUUGCAUUCUAAAUGCUUAUCGCUGAUUGAUGUGCCGCUCAUGGAGACAGACAUUGCCUGCAACGCUAUCCUAAUGGGGAUGGAGGAUGGCAGUUUAGGAUUUGCACACCUAGACGGGUUAACUCUCAAUCUGUGGUCAAGGAAGAUGGGUUCUGACGGAACCACGACAUGGACUCACCUUAGAGUCAUCAAUCUCGAAGAACUUCUCCCCAUUCAAAAUCUCAAGCAGAGACUUGGUCUGAUUGGAUCUGUGGAGGGCAGUGAUAUCAUUUUCAUGACCAUGGACUUUGGCAUAUGCCAGAUUAGUCUCAAGUCACUAGAGUGGAAGAAGAUAUGGAAGGAAGAAUAUUUUGGUGCUUUGCUUCCGUACAUGAGUUUCAAUGAUCCAUGAGAGAGGGGGACCCCAUGUGAUGCCGCACAUUGGCAACACAUGGUUGAAUUUGCUCAUGGGCACGAGGUCACUUUCAACAACUUGGAGGCGACAUGGAUCUUAUGAAUUAUGCCACUAUGUAGUAGCUGGUUUGGUGAAACGGUGCUUAUUUUGUCGUACUGAUGUUGGCUUUUGUCAGUAAUCUUGAUAACUUCCCCAUGCUGUUGCCACGUGUAAGUGGGUGAAUAUAUUAUAUUGUAAUGAACCUCCAGUUUCUUGCAGCAGCAGUAGGAACCAUGUGCUGUGUUAUUUA